AUGUCUUCACUAUACCCUCCCAGACCGAUGCUGUCAUCCCAGCGCUACCAUCAGGCGCCCCAAGACUAUGUCGAUACGCGCCGCAACAGCAUUCACCACCCUCAACCGCAGCCUGCCGCCGUCCGCGUUCCUCUGCGCGAGUCCAACGGCAAUGCCAAUGCCCAGGCGCAUAGCCUCAACGGCAUGAUCUCUUGCUAUCAAAGCCCCGUCGCCAUAUCCCCUUCCAUGCCGUUACCUCCUCAGCACAUCCAGGCUCCCAUGGUUCCCUCACAGUCCUUUGAUUGCCUCUACCGUGUGCCCACCCCUCGCCAGCCUCAGCCCCAGCCUCAGCAGCGCUAUCAGCGCAAGCCGCGAAGCGACAUCAACCCCCUCUACUUCUGGCCUGCUUUCCGCCAGUACCGCAACAGACAGGCGCACAAGGAUACCCAAAAGGACAAGGGUGGCGUAUGGCGCCGCCCGGAGCUCGAAGAUGCCUUCGUCGACUCUGUCUUGCUCAUGCCUCACAUGGGCCGCCGCAAGUUUUCCAUGGGCGGAAAGCUUCAUGGCCGUAACAUGCUGAUCAGCGAGUACAUCUUUACCCUCUGCAUUGCAAUUCUUGGCAGCAAGGAAAUCUUCCGCAUCGACAACAGCAAUGACAGCAUUGAGCAGAUGGGACGUAAGCAGGUCUCCAGCCACAUGCAGGUCGUCAAGAAGUUCUUUGAGGACCUGCGCUGCUUCCACUUCCUCUUCCCCUCGGAGGAGAAGAAGGAGCCCGGCUCGACCAACUCGGAAGACUACUACGACGAGGAGGAGCAGGAAUCCUUCAAGUCAAAUCCCAUCCUCACCGCCCUCGCCGAAGGUCGCGUGCCCGAGGUCAAGCCCAACUACGCCUACUUUUCUCAGCUGUUGGCCCUCCAGUCCUACAUUACCGUAAGGCCCAAGACGUGCGAGAUCUUUGUUUCGUCUUCCGACAUAAGAAUUCGCGACGAGAUUGCCUAUGACAUCCAUGAUACCCCCCUUGACCAGGCUUCUUUCCCCCACCUGAACAAGUACAACAACUGCGAUGACAGCCCAAACGUGCUCGGCAAGGAUGUGCUCCUUCAUGAGUACACCCGUUCACUCGAUCACUCCACUUCGGCGUCAGUCAAGGCUGUCACCCGCCGCUGGCAAAAGGACGCACCGGCAAUGUAUGAGAGCCUGGACCUGCCCUCGCGCGACGAGGAGUGCCUUCUCCUCGAGAUGUGCGCCACUCUGGAGCUGCACGAGCACGCCAAGUUCCCCUCCGGCUCCGAGCUGACGGGCUUCGUCGAGGUGGCCAUCACACAGCAAGCUCUGCAGAACCACCAGUGGAAGUGCGUCACGCGCCUAACGCGCCCUGCUGAGCUCCAUGGUGACGAGUCGGACCACACCACUGUCUACACCAACGAGAGCGGCAUUCACCGCCGCGGCUGCAGCGACUCCAAGCCCGACUGUGACUGCCACGCGCGCUCCCGACAGGACAUCCACGUGCCCUUCCCGGCCGUGGAGUGGGCCAGCAUUCUGAGCAUGGCCGUGCAGUACCCGGACACGGAACAUCAGCGCGCUCGGGAGAAGCGCGGCAAGACGGGCGCCGGAAGCAAGAAGCAUGAGCUGGAGCGCGCUGGAAGCAAGCGCAAGCGGUCCGAAGAUGAGGGCGACGCGGCUUCGUGGGCGCGCCGUGAGCCCACGGGCAGUGACCUCAUUUGCAAGGUGGCCAUGUACCAGGAGUUGUGGUCGCGGGCGCCCGACUCCCCGCAGUGGCAGCGUCAGGGCAUCAUCUUUUGGCGCUUCAACACGACGAACCAGUGGUACAAGUACGAGCCCGUCUUCAAGCCGGCCGGCACCUCGUGGCGCUGGCUCACCAUCAACGACCCCAUGUCGCGCUACCACCAGCAAAAGGCGCUCGUCUACCCGCCGGCAGGCGUUCCGCGCGACGCCAUCAUGUCGCCCACGCCCACCGUCGGCCAGCACCUGACGGCAGCGAUGAGCGAGACAUUUCACUCGGCCUGGGACCAGCACCAGCAUCAUGGCGGAAGUGGUGGCCCUGGUGGAAGCGGCAUGCCGCACGUGCCCACGCUGCAGACGUCAGGCAAUAGUAUGGGUCUGUUCGACUCGUUCUCGAACGGCCUGGCUACGCCGCCGCCAUCGGCUACGAUUCCCCCGGCGCCGUACUCGACCGGCAGUUUCGACUCGGGAGCCAUGGGUGCUGCCGGCUUCCUGCCAUCCAACGGCGGUGUGGCUCAUCACCAACCGCAGCAGGCUGACUCGCGCCACGGAUCGGUCAGCCUCGCUUCGGCCCCUUCGUACUUUGACGGUGUCAGCGGCGCGGUGUCCUUCGCCGAGGUGAAGCCCGCGCUGCCUGCUAUCGUCACCAACUACACUACCGCCGCCCCCGGCACCGGCACUGGCGUUUAUGAUGACUCGCCGUGUGAUACCACCAACCUGCAAGGCUGGGACAUGCCCUCGCUGGAUCCGUGGGCGGCGGCUGGCGGUGGCCCCACGCCGACAUCCUCGACGGGUGCGCCGCAGGACUGGCCCGGUCCGCAGCAGCAGGCGGGCAUCAAGAUGGAGCAGCAGCAUCAGCAGCAGCAUGCUGACCACCAGGGGAUGUGGGCGUCGCAACAGUGGGACGUCCCCGGCAGCGGGGGCGCCGGAUCGAACAGCAACGGCAGUCCCCGGCAGAUGAAGAGGCGCAGGACAGACGUGGAUGGCCAUGUGCCCGUGUCAGCUGGCUGGUAG